AUGCAAGACAUCACUGUCAACACAGCAGAAAGCGACACUGCUCCACCUAAUGGAAACGAUUUUAAAUGGAAGAAGAGUGUCCGGAACUUGCCACGUACUCCUAAAGUUAAGCUCUUCUCUUGGAAACUUCUCAAAGGGGCCAUCCCUGUCGGAACUCUGUUCCCAUGGCUCGUUUGGGCGAUAUGGAAAGCGAGAAAUAAGUUUGUCUUCGAAGGUCAGUCGGCGUUACCGGAGGACACGCUCUCGUCAGCCAUCAGAUUAGCUAGAGAAUGGGCUAUGGAGAGCCCCCCAGGGGCGGUGGUGUUGCGAUCUGAUGCGGCGUGGGCUGCGACUACGAAAGAUCCGGGUCUCGAAUGGGUCAUUAUCUCCAGAUCAGGCAACAGGUCCUUUAAAGCAUCAGUUAAGUGGGUUACUUCGCUGCUAACUGCAGAAGGCCUGGCUCUACGCGAGGUAGUACAAUCAUGCGUUAACUUGGGACUGAAGACGGUGGCCUUUGAAGCUGAUUCGGCUCAACUCAUCAAAGCCGUGAAUAUGUAA